GCAUCCUCUAGUUGCCGCACUCAACACAGCAUCUCGGAGCAGAUUAGGGAAGCGAAAUCAUUCGUCGGCGGCGAAGAAGUAGAAAAUGAAGUACAACCCUAGAGUCUCCUCCUCCCGCCGCAAGAGCCGUAAGGCCCAUUUCACUGCUCCAUCCAGCGUGCGCCGGGUGUUGAUGAGCGCAGCGCUGUCAACUGACCUGAGGACCAAGUACAACGUCCGGUCCAUGCCGGUUCGCAAAGACGACGAGGUUCAGGUGGUGCGUGGAACCUACAGAGGCCGCGAAGGUAAAGUCGUCCAAGUCUACCGCAAGAAAUGGGUGAUCCACAUCGAACGCAUCACUCGUGAGAAAGUGAACGGCUCCACCGUUAACGUCGGCAUCCAUCCAUCCAACGUCGUCAUCACCAAGCUCCGCCUCGACAAGGACCGCAAGUCUCUCCUUGAUCGUAAGGCUAAGGGUCGGGCUGCCGCUGAUAAGGAUAAGGGUACUAAGUUCACUGCUGAGGAUAUUAUGCAGAGUGUUGAUUAAAUUUGAUCAUAUGUUGUCGUUUUGGUACAUUUUGUUUUGCUGUUACGUUUUAGAUAUUGGGAGAGUAAGAGGAAGAGAUGUUAUGAUAAGUGCGUACUCUUUUGGUGAUUAGGGAUUUUAAGGCAUGGAAUUUUGUUGCUGGGCUUAUUAUAUCAUUUUUGCUUUAAUCAAAUGCUGAUAGUUGGAUCCUUUAAUUUUAGUUCAUUUGAAUGUUUGCUA